AUGGCCAGGAACAAACGAAGAACAGUGAAGGACAAAGAGAAGCUUUCUUGGUGCUGGGACAUUUGGCAGUUGCUACCUAGCCUUUUACAGAGAUAUGGUGGUAGCUGUCAAAGAAUUUAAAGAGAGGAAGAACGUCGACCUCGCUCACCUGAGAAGCGAAGUGCGCCACAAAGCGACCAUGAUCAAACACCUGAAAGAUCACCGUGGUGUCCCUCUACUCUUGGGUAUCAUAACCAAGAGCGAGCCCAUUCGACUUGUCACCAAGUUCCACAGGAACAAAAACAAAGGCCUCACUUUACACAAAGCCAUAAAGAAAGAAAAAUUAGAAAAGCCUACUUGGCUUGAAAUUUUAAAAAAAAUUAUCGAGGCAUUAAACCACAUUCAUUCGUGUGGUAUUCCUCACAACGACGUGAACAGCAACAACGUGGUAAUGGAGCAACGAGGAGAGGAGUGGAAUCCUGUGAUCAUCGAUUUUGGGAAAGCUUGUUUCUCGUCAGAUCCCAAGCCGGCGAUGUCCAUGUCCACCCAUCAACAGGAGAAGUAUUGA